UGCGGGGUGACGGAGGGGUCGGGGCGAAUGACGGGCCCGCGCGGCACCGACUCCUCCUCCUCCCGCUCCCCGCCCCCCCCCCCUCACAGCGGCCGCCGCCAACCGCGAUAACCGCCUUCAAAACAAACCCUCCCGCACGCCGAGGCCGGGAGGAGGGAGGGAGGGAGGAAGGAAGGGGGAGGCCCCCCCCUUCCGCCGUCUGAAGCACCUGCACCGCUCGGCCCCGCACCUUCCUGUUGGCUGGCGGAGGAAGGGAGGCGGCGGCGAGGAAACACCAACUGCCUCCCCCUUUGGCGGCGGCACUUGGCAGUGGACAGGGACGGCCAAGGCAGCGAUGAUGCCGGUGUUGUCCGAGGAGCGCUAACCUUCCUCCCUCCCCCCCCCUCUAUCUUGUGCGCCCCCCUCCACCCCCUUAUCCUGGGACCCCUCCUCUCCAUCCCGCACUGAUCCCCAUUCCCGCCUAUAUUCAGUCCUCACUGACAUCCCCUGUGCUCCCCUCCCCAUCUACCCACCCCCCAUCUAUUCAUCCCGCACUGAUCUCCCUAUCCACCUCGCAUUGAUUCUCCUACACCUCACAUUCAUCCUGUACUGAUCCCCCUUCCCAUCCAUCCUGCACUGCACCCCCUCUCAUCCCGUACUGAUCUCCCCAUUCAUCCUGUACUGAACCCCCUUCCCAUCCAUCCUGCACUGCACCCCCCUCUCAUCCCGUACUGAUCUACCCAUUCAUCCUGCACUGAUCUCCCGAUCCAUCCUGACCCCCCCUCCCCCCAUUCAUCCUGCACUGACCCUCCCAUCCAUCCUGUGGUGCCCCCCUCCAUCCAUCCUGUACUGACCCCCCCCCCCCAUCCAUCCCGUACUGAUUCCUCCAUUCAACUCGCAGUGACCCCCGCGCUCUCCCCUCACAAUUUUACCUACUACAACCAACACGCACUAAUUCCCCUGCCUCAAUCCAUCCAUCCAUCCCGCACUGAUUCACCCGCCCCCUCCCCCCCCCCGCUCCUCCCCACCACCUCCUCCUCCUCACACGCUGCUGUUCAGCCGUUACAAAAUGAUGGAUUUCAACCAGGAGAAUCUGUUCGGUCAAAUAGAAGAUUUGCAGGAACUUAGUUUCAUUGAAAGACCCGUGCGGAGAUACCUGAAGACGCCAGAAGAAAUAGAAAGAUUGACAGUCGACGAAGAGCUCAAUGAUAUUGAAAGGGCUGUCUAUCUUCUGAGCAACAGCUCUCAUCAACACUGCAUCGUACGAAAUUGGGGUGGCGGGAGUGUUGCAUCAUAUCAAUCUCCCCGUUCCUUCAGUUCUUCACAGGCCUAUGGAGACUUCAGUAGGGAGAAAAUUAUGUUUCAAAAAUCUACUGAGGACAUCAGUUCUGGCCAAGAUGUGCAGCGAACUAGUGUUGUUGUUAAUCUACCAAACCUGAUGCGACAGAAUACUCCGGAGACUCUUCGAAGAGUGGUGCCAAAAAUUAGAGAGGUACUCCAUGUUGCGGGGGUGGAGAUGCAGUUAGCUGCUGCAGUUUCAUUUCUUGCCAUCUUGCAAGACGAGUUAGUUUCUGUUGCAGCUUACAUCCACGCCUUCCUCCCAACUAUAUUGAUGAACCUGGAUCACAAAGACACAGUGGUCAGCAAUGCAUGGUUGGAGACUCUCCUGACUGUAAUUAAUGCUUUACCAAAGGAAACCAUCAGGCAAGAGAUUUUGUCUCCACUGGUUUCAAAGGCUCAGUUAUCACAGACAAUCCAGUCACGUUUAGCCAGCUGCAAAAUACUGGGUAAAGUUUCCAGGAAAUUUGAAUCUCAUAUAAUAAAACGUGAUAUUUUGCCUCUCGUGAGAUCACUUUGUCAGGAUGUAGAAUAUGAAGUUCGCUCUUGUAUGUGUCGUCAGCUGGAAUACAUAGCACAAGGAAUUGGUAUUGAACAGACGAAGAUUGUGAUACUUCCUGAAUUAGUGGAAUUGGCCAGAGAUGAAGGGAGCAGUGUACGUAUUGCUGCAUUUGACACCAUUGUUAACCUACUUGUGAUGUUUGACAGUGAUGACCGGACUCAAAUUAUAUUUCCCUUGGUGAUGAUGUUUUGUGAAAAAUCAUUCAAAGCAGAUGAGACUAUCCUUGCACCAUUGUCACACCAACUGGGGAAGCUCUGUCAUGGUCUCUCAGGGAAUUUAACUGAUGAACAACAUAUGUGGUUUUUGGAUUUCUACAAGAAAUUCAGUACAUUAGGCCUACAGCAUGAAAAUGGUCAAAGCGAGCACUUGACUCAGUUCUAUGCAGCAGAAAUGGAUGCAAAAUAUGCGUCUGUGAGACAGAAUUGUGCCUACAAUUUUCCAGCCAUGAUACUUUUUGUGAAUCCUCAAUGUUUCUACACUGAACUUUAUCCCAUUUUUUCAACCCUCUGUCAUGACCCUGAAACUCUUGUCCGAAGAACGGUUGCCACUGGCUUCCAUGAAGUCAUUAAACUGCUAGGCUCCAGUGUUCACUUGGUUCACAAAGAACUGAUUGUGCUGUUACAAGAUGAAUCAUUAGAGGUAUUGGAUGCCCUGCUAGAUCACCUUCCUGAAAUUCUAAGAUUUGUUAUUGCAGGAGGAGACCAGGUGGGAACAGAGAACAAGGUACAUAUUCCUGAUCUGAUUCCAGCUCUCUCAAUGGCUGAACAAAGAGCUGCCACCUCUUUAAAAUGGAGAAUACAUGAGAAGCUAUUGUUGACGUUUGCCUGUCUACCACAAGUCAUUUCAAGUGAUCAGAUAUACUACAAGUUUUUGCCCAUAAUGUUUAGAAUAAUGACGACAAAUAAUGUCCUUCCAGUCCAAAGAGCCUCAGCCAGAACCCUCUGUGUAUUUGUUCGGUACAACCGUAAACAGGAGCAAAGACAGGAAAUAUGCAGUAAAAUCAUUGAGCAACUUGGUCAAGGAAAAAGUUGCUGGAAUAGGCUAAGAUUUCUUGACACCUGUGAAUGUAUUAUGGAUCUAUUUUCAAAAGCAUUCUUCUGCAAAUAUUUUUUCAUGCCUACACUUGAACUUUCAAAUGACCCUGUUCCAAAUGUAAGGAUUAAAUUCUGUUACAUGUUGCCAAAAUUGAAGUCUGCAUUAAAGCUGCCAGCUGACAAACUCCUCCUGCAGCAACUAGACCUUUGCGUUAGGAAACUACUGUGUCAGGAAAAGGACAAAGAUGUCACUGCUGUAGUGAGGGUUAUCACGUUGGAAUUAGAUCGAAUAGAAACUAGUGUGGAUUGUUUUCCAAAAAGAUUACAAGAGAAAGAUUUGCUUGAUCAUAAAAAGGAGAAGGAAGAAAAUUUGCUUUUAGAAAUGGAAGACAUUGAAAAACGGGGAGAAAGCAAGUUACUGAAUGAAAAGAAAUCGGUUUCAUCUUUUAAUAAAGAUGGGAAGAAGAGGAAUAAAUUAGGUCGUAGUCGUUCACUUGGUGGUCGAGUGGCGCCUCCAAAAUUAAUCUCUGAUAAACCCACAACGAAGCUUACUAUAACAUCUAACUCUCAAAUUGCUACAACAACAAAAAAUGCCCUACUAACAUUUGAUGGAACGUCCCAGAGCCAUUCCUCGAGUUCUGGUGCGCCCUCCAGUCUGCCACCUUCUUCUCGUUUUUAUUCAACUAAUUCCAGUGAGCAAAAAACUAAUGGGAGUAAAGAUACCCUUCCAAAGAAGUUUAACUUGAAAAGCAGGAAAUCAAACCCUUAAUGGAAGAAAAGUUGCAUUACUUGGUCAAUCAUUUCACGAUGUGCGUCAGUGACUUCCUUAAAGCCAAGUUUCAGUAAGUGUCUGGAUUUUGAAAGCUAUAAGGAAAUUAUGUAUUUUUCUGAACAUCUGGGUUUAAAGAAGAACCAUUCCAAGUUGUAAAGACUGUAUUUGUGGCUCUACAGAAGUUGCUUAUUUUCAUUUUAUUUUCCAUGACAAUUGUUGUUUGAAUAUUAUUGUAUAUAACCUUGUUUGCUACACAAUGCUCAAAAUUCAUUGAAAAAGUAUUACGCAAGUUUCAGUAUCUACAAUCGCAAAUAUCUCAGAGUACUAUUAUGGAUAAGCACAACAAAAUUAAAAAAUGUAAUUUAUGUCUCAGCACCGUUUUCUAUUUUUGUGCUUGCAAGAAAUGUAAAACGUCUCUCAAAAUGAAGUAUCCACAUGUGCUUUUGCUGUGAGUGACCAUCAUAAAGAGUCUAGAUUGUUUCCUGGUGUGAAACAUUUACUUUUGCUUAAUCUUGAAUGACUAAUGGACCUUUUAACUUCUCCCUCUGAACAGCUAAAAUCAAAAUUGUGUCCAAGUUAAGUAAUUUCAAACCUGAUACCAAAGUGUAACUCAUUAAUUAAACUAUGAUGAAACACAGCAGAUCCAAGAUUAAAAUGAUAGAGGUUUAAGAUGAACAGCUGAACUAUGAAACACGAUUUUAAAUCCUAGUUUACUGAAGUAGCACUGAAAAAUGUGAUCUGGUUCAUAUUCAGUGAUUCAUUUGCUCAAUUCCGUUUAGCCUCAGGUGAGCAAAUUGAGAGUUCAGUACUUUUACCAAAGGGCUGCGUCUGGCUUUCUGAAUUGAUUUUACAUAUUCUGUGGUUGAAAUGUAUUUGUGAUGCUUGGAGCCAGCAAAUUAAGAGAUUAUUUGGAGCAGUAUCUUGGACUCCAGGCAAAGUAAUUUCCAGUUUACGCAGCUGAUGAAUUAAGUUUACAGGGCACUGUUUGUAGACUGAAACCCAUGACUGACCCAUCAUUGAAGUUAUCAAAUCAAUCAGAACCCUAAAGAAAAGAUAUGAUUGAAAAUGUAUUGGGUAUUAGGGAAAACAUCUUCAAAAUAAAUGGUUGUGUCAAAUAUUAAAAGAGCAUUCCUUUGGAAAUGGAAUGUUAUUUGCUCAAAUUAGUAAUAGAAUAAUUCUGGAGAAAAAAUUGAAUGUCCCAUUACUUUGUAACAUGUAUAUUUUUGAUCAAAAUCUCUGGAGGUUAUUAUUCUGUCUCAGAAGGUAUGCCAUUUUAAGCAUGUUUUGGCAAAGAUUAAUGUCAUGCAUUCAUGACCCUCGUAUCAUUGACUCAGUUCUGCCAAGGCUGAAUUGUAUGUCAGCCAACAUGCCAUUAUCGGUGCCAGCUGAAGAUGAUGUAAAUCUUCCUCUUGGAGUUUAAUUCGUGCUUGCUGGCACUGGCUGGCAUCAGUUGCAUCAUUUUCCUUUCACUGUUGGUGUGAUGAAAAUAUCAGCAUGUCACUCAUGCUGAAGAUAGUUUAUAAUGACAGCGUUAAAUGACCCGUAGCAGUUUUGAUUUCAGAUCAUUCAAAAAAACUGUAACAUUUGGUGUUUAUUUUAACAAUAGUGCAAUGUACUAGCUGUUAAAGCCUGAAUGUAACAACUUACCUAUAAAUCUCAAGCAAUUCUCUUUGUAUUGUUCUGAAAGGUAGUUUUUUGAAUGAAGCUUAGCACACACUGUGUAGAAACUGCACACUCCACAUGAUGCCAUGCAGGAUAUCAGUAUUAUCAAUUGUUGGCCUGCAUUACUAAUAUUGAGACAACUGGAUGUAUAUUCCACUCAGUAUGUCUUCCCAUGUUGCAACCUGAUGACAAUUUUUAAAUAAUUUCUGGUAACCAGAGAUUUGUAAUAGAUUUUCAGUAUUGAAUUUAAUUUUUCAUUGUAACAUUUUUAAGGUGCAGUAUUUUAUCAUUUUCCCAAUGAUUUUAGGAUCUGUAAUCAUACUGUAUCUUCUUUUCAUCCUUAAGAAGGAGUGAUACUUACCUUAAGAACAUGUAUUAUUCUUUAAUGUUGCCAUAUAUUGUAAAUAACAGUGUAUAAUUACAAAAGAGUUACAUUGUAAGCAUGUAAAAGAAAUGCAGAUAUAUUGUUUUUAAUAAGAAAAAUGAAAACUAUUAACAUUUUUAUUUUAGCAUGUCCCUAUAAUUUUUUUAAAAGCUAAUUUUGCAUUAAUCCCUUUCACAUGCCUACUGUGCUGUCUUGAUACAGGAACAUUAAUAAACAGUGUUAUGAAGUCAAUGUGCAUACUGGUGUAAAUAUGGCCUUAAUCAAAUUGAGCUAUGCAGUCUAAAAAUCUGGCUUUGUCAAAUUCUUUAAAUAGGUAAUGUCAUCUUGAGUUCUGUUACAAUUGUAUGUUACAUAUUCUUUAAUAAAUUAUAAACUCCAAAUAGAAACUGA